CCUUCUCCUGCUUCUUCCUCCUCCUCCUCCCGUUCCCACGCGCAUUAAUUUAAUGCAGGAUUCUUUCAACCAAGCAGAGUUGCAGACAGCACAGUGGUAGUGGAAAAGGCGCUCGCACACAGAUUCAUGUGCUCAACACUUCCCGUACGCGUGCACCGUUUCCCAAGACUUUGCUGCCGACCAAUAAAGAAAGUAUCAGGCCAGCCACCAAACUCUCACUCUCUCUCUCUCUCUCUCUUUCUCUCACUAUAGGCUAAGGUCCUGGACACAGCUGUGUGGAGGAAAGCUCUACCUUCACGCGUGCAAUUUUUUCAAACACUUGGUGUGCAUAAAAAAGCCGACAGUGUGCAAAGAAUCACAGAUUAAAAUCUCUGUCUCUGUGGUCUUAGUGUCUGACUGAGGGUUGGAAACUGAAGGUCCCAAUCAUAGAAUCCGGCCACCUCCGCCGCGUACCCACCGCCCAUCGCAUUCAGAAGCCUAUAUAAGAGAGAUCGACCCAGUGGAAAGUUCACACUUCGCGGAUUGAUGUUCAAGCAAGCAAGCAUGGGGUUCCUCUCUCUAGUUGGUGCCGUCUUCCUCCUCUUUCUCUCCUCGUCACUCGCCUGUGAUCGUUGCCUUCACAGCUCCGUCGCUUCAUACUCUUCCUCCGAUUCCGCCCUCUCCGGUGGAGCUUGUGGGUAUGGGUCUCUGGCUCUCAGUUUCAAUGGCGGGCUCUUAGCCGCUGCUAAUCCUGCACUUUACAGGCAAGGAAUCGGCUGCGGAGGCUGCUUUCAGAUUAGAUGCAAGAACCCAACAUUGUGCAGCAGCGGAGGUGUUAAAGUGGUGCUCACCGACCAAAACGCAGACAACAAGACGACGGACUGGGUGCUGAGCAGCAAGGCGUUCAUGGCAAUGAGCAGACCAGGAAGGAGCCUGGAGCUCAGGAAGCUCCACACGGUGGACGUGGAGUACAAGAGGAUACCUUGCGAUUAUGGAAAGCAGAACCUGAGCGUGAGGGUGGAGGAGAACAGCCAGUACCCACAUUAUCUGGCGCUGAAGCUUCUUUACCAAGGUGGACAAACGGACAUCGUGGCCCUCGAUCUUGCACAGGUGGGGACUUCAAAUUGGAGUUUCAUGACUAGGAGGGGAGGAGCAGUCUGGCAGACGAACCGGGUUCCGGCGGCCCCCCUCCAAUUUCGGUUCGUGGUGACGGCCGGGUAUGACGGAAAGUGGAUCUGGGCCGGCCGGGAAGUCCUUCCGGCCGACUGGAAGCCUGGCAUGGUCUAUGACACUGGUGUUCAAAUUCAAGAAACUGCGCAGGAAGGUUGCUCCCCUUGCGACACCAGCGUCUGGAACUGAAGAUCGACUCGACUCCAUGUAGCCUGAAUUCUAUUUUUCCGGCCUUCAUCACGUUUAUAUCCUUUCCAUUUGUACAGAACGCUAUCAGUUUCUCCCAUGUAAUAAAAGCAGCAUUAACUUUGAGAAUGAGUUCAAGUUUGUGCCUGA